UGCUCCUCAAUCCUCAUAACUGGGCGACAUAUUCGAAGUUCCAACACUUCGCAAUCUCCGCCUCUCCUUUUCUCUCUCUCUUUUAAAUUAGCUACCCAGAGACACUGACACACACACACGACUCUGCCUUCGUUCCCUUCCAAUCCCAAACUCUCUCUCUCUCUCUCUCUUUGAUUUCUGUGUUUGUUUCACAUUUUCGGAUUAAAACACGAAACGCCAUGUCGCAGUCGCUCCACCUCUUCAACCAUGCAUCUACACCCAACCUCACUUUCCCCUCCAACACCAAACAAUGCUAUUCUUACCUCCCUAAACCCUCCACCACCUACAAUCGCCGCUUCCCUCUCAUCUCAAUCAGAGCCUCCUCCUCCUCCUCCUCAGAUCUCGACUCAUCUUCCCCACUCCUUGUCUCCGAUAACGGCAAAGGCGCCGUAAUAUCUCGUGAGGAGGAGUACCCGGUGGCGGCGGGUUCCAUAGAAGUGGACGCCGUCACAGAGACGGAGCUGAAAGAGAACGGGUUCAGGAGCACCCGAAGGACCAAGCUGGUGUGCACCAUCGGACCCUCCACCUGUGGAUUCGACCAGUUGGAGUCCUUGGCCGUUGGCGGAAUGAACGUCGCCCGCAUCAACAUGUGCCACGGUACCCGUGAUUGGCACCGCCAAGUCAUCCAGCUCGUUCGCAGGCUCAACGAAGAGAAAGGCUACGCCGUUGCCAUCAUGAUGGACACUGAGGGCAGUGAAAUCCACAUGGGUGAUCUCGGCGGCUCUUCUUCCGCCAAAGCUGAGGAUGGUGAGAUUUGGACUUUUAGCGUCAGAGCUUUCGAUUCAACUCUCCCAGAACGCACCAUCAAUGUGAACUAUGAUGGUUUUGCUGAAGAUGUGAAAGUGGGGGAUGACCUCCUGGUGGAUGGUGGAAUGGUGAGGUUUGAGGUGAUAGAGAAAAUUGGUCCAGAUGUCAAGUGCCGAUGUACUGAUCCUGGACUGUUGCUGCCUCGGGCUAAUUUAACUUUCUGGAGAGAUGGGAGUCUGGUGCGAGAACGUAAUGCCAUGCUUCCCACAAUUUCUUCUAAGGAUUGGUUGGAUAUUGAUUUUGGGAUUGCAGAGGGUGUUGAUUUUAUUGCUAUAUCAUUUGUCAAGUCUGCUGAAGUGAUUAAACAUCUUAAAAGCUACAUUGCUGCGCGGUCUCGUGAUGGUGACAUUGCUGUCAUUGCAAAGAUAGAGAGUAUUGACUCAUUGAAAAAUUUGGAAGAGAUCGUUCAAGCCUCAGAUGGAGCUAUGGUAGCAAGAGGAGAUCUAGGUGCUCAGAUACCACUGGAACAGGUCCCCUCGGCCCAACAAAGGAUUGUUCAAGUGUGCAGGCAGCUCAAUAAGCCAGUCAUUGUUGCCUCUCAGUUACUGGAAUCCAUGAUUGAAUACCCUACACCUACCAGAGCUGAAGUGGCUGAUGUUUCUGAAGCAGUUAGGCAGCGAGCAGAUGCUUUGAUGCUCUCUGGUGAGUCUGCCAUGGGCCAGUUCCCGGAGAAGGCAUUGGCGGUUCUGAGAAGUGUCAGUCUGAGAAUAGAGAGGUGGUGGAGAGAGGAGAAACGCCAUGAAGCUAUGGAACUCCCUGACAUUGGAUCUUCAUUUUCAGACAAAAUUUCAGAAGAGAUUUGUAGUUCUGCUGCCAAGAUGGCUAAUAAUUUGGAGGUGGAUGCACUUUUUGUCUAUACAAAGACAGGCCACAUGGCAUCUCUCCUCUCACGUUGCCGACCUGACUGCCCAAUCUUUGCGUUUACUACCACAACAUCUGUGCGGAGACGUCUGAAUUUACAGUGGGGCCUGAUACCUUUCCGUUUAAGCUUCUCUGAUGAUAUGGAAAGCAACCUUAACAAAACAUUUUCAUUGCUCAAGGCCAGGAACUUAAUCAAAUCAGGUGACCUUGUCAUUGCUGUCUCAGACAUGUUACAGUCUAUCCAAGUUAUGAAUGUUCCGUGAAAACUGGAAUUUGUUUGGAUUGCAAGCACUGUUCCUUCUAAAUCAUAAUAUCCGUCUAAACUUCUAUAUCCUUCACUAUUGGGUCCACAAGUUGCUUAGUGCUAGAAAGAAAAAGAGUGUAAUCAUGAAUCCAGUGCUCUCCUUCCUUGACUUACUCCAACAUUGCUUUUUCCAGUGGCUGCAUUAGAAUUUGAUUAGGGCUGUGAGUUAUAUUCCACUUGAGCUCUUCUAGUCUUAAGCAAGUGAGCACUAUUUGUACCCCAUGAGUAAUUUUGCAUAGGCUAUUUAUCACAAAAUGCAUUGCUGUAUGCCCGAGGUAGAUCUCCUGCACCUUUCAAUUUUUCCUUUCUGGUUUGUGAAACAAUGUAGUGCUUGUAUUAUUGUAUUCCUUUUCAGCUACUCUAAAAAAAAUUUGAAAUAUGAAUCAAGCAUAAUUUCCAGACUA